GAUCUCAGGCUUUAAAAUCGCCGCUACCGGAAAUUUACCCAGAUUUAAGGUCGACGCCCGGCGACGAUCAUCACGAUACCCGAAACUACGAUGCUCCGUAGAUCGUUCAACCUCUUUCUCUUCCUCGUUCUGCACUGCCAAAACCUUAUCCUAACUUCCUCAACCCAUUCGUCUACACCACUUCUCAACGUUUCCCAUUAUCUUUACCCCAAAGCCACCUCAUUUCUCUUCUCUCAACCUCCGCCUUCUCCUUCUCAGCCCUCGUACUUAUUGAAGGAGGUACUGGAGUCUAUUUCGAAUGGAGAGAAAUGGGAUUUGGAGGAGAUUAGGAUUUCGAAACUGAAUGCUAAGAGAGCCAAGUUUGGCAAUGUGAGGAAGUACGAGUUUGGGGUUAGGUUGGGAAAGACUGAAAUCGUGUUCAAGGUGUUUGAUCAAGUGUCCAAGUGGAAAAAGUUUGAAUCAUUGGGGAAGAGGAAUUGGUCUGAUUUUGAGUCUCUGGUUAAAGAGAUUGGCUCCAACGCUGUUCUUGAUGGAUUUAAGAUUGAAGGUCCACUGGAAUUGUAUGCUGCUGGUGAUGAUUAUAGUUUCUCGCUCAAUUUGCCGUUAAACGUUUCAGUUCCUGGUUUGAAACAAAUACUGGUUAGUGAAGGCAUGACAAUAGAAGUGGAAGGUGCUGAAGAAAUAACUGUAUUCCAUACCCAUCCCUCUCCAAACGGACCACUAUAUGGGACUAUUUUCAGUAACUUGAGGAGCAAGUUUCCCUCUUCAUGUUCAUCAUCACUUCCAAUACGUGUUAGAGGGUCAGCACACGUGUCUGUGUUCAAGACUCAAAAUCCCAAUUCGGCCAUAAAAUCCUCUUUUCUAUCUGGAGACACGAUCAUGUUGCUUCCAGACAAGUGUUAUACAGGAAACGUCCAUAGAAAACAGAGUUCGGUAGUUGAUUCUCUUAGCCAGAAGGCAAGUUUACUGGAAAAUGCUUUGAAGAGUUUUUUGGGUGGGAGAGCUGAUAAAAAAACUGGAUUUGGCCUAAAAAUAAGGAUCAAAUCGUCAAUUGUUAUUCGGUUCCAGAUGGAGUUGGAGAGAAAUAUCCGUAACAAUGACACUCAGUGGAGUACGUUAGGUGAGUGGAGGACAAGGCCGAAGGCUGAACGCGUUUGGUUUGAUGUGGUGGCAGGAAUUAGGGAAGGGUCACUGAAGCCACUAACGAUGAAGAAAUUCCGACCGUUUGUUGAAGUAGAUUCAUUGUCGUGGAGCAGUUUGAUGUCAAAUGUUUCCUUCACAAAGAUUCCGUCUCUCCUUGUUACUUCAGAGCCGCUAACACUGGAUGUCAAGUGGUGACAAAGGACCGGCCCUGCCUGUGGGUAACAGAAAUUCUCCCAUAAUGUGUUUAUGUGAGUUGGAAUCUACUCAUAAUAGAGCAUUGAACAUCCUCCCCUGGUUCACAAUGCUUUUAGGAGGGUAAAGAGCUUCUUGCUGAGGAAAAGGGUAACACUCUAAGCAGUUGCAACCAAAGUAGUACGUAGUAUUUCUUUGUGAUUAUAAAUCUUUUAAAUAUUACUCCGUAUAAUCAUAUCAUAUCUGAAUGAGAUCUAGUGCUGGAAUAUAAAGAUAUGCAGUUGCGUUUCUUUUAUAAAAGGUUUAACUAAUCUCUUGUUCAUGUAGAUACAAUAUUUAUUGUGCAUUGUGUACGUAUGUGUGUAUACACAGACAUGUAUGUAUAUAUGCAAGUAGAGUUUUGUAUUUUCCAUUCUUGAUUCCAGUUUAAUGAUUAAAAAAAAGCACGUGUUUACUUUAA